CGACGGGAAAGGCUAUUGUCGUUGACAUUACUUCAUUGUUUUGAUUCUGCCUGCAAGUUUCGACCUUAUGUUGACGGAAUCCAGCACGUCAGAUAUCUAACAUGAUAAGCACUUAAUAACCGUCUUGAAAAUAACAUGGAUGAUAAGAACAAAGACGAUUCCCAAUAUGCCAAAUUGGAACUUGAGCAAAAAACCUUGGAAGUGGCACAAGAAUCCCGGUGGUGCACCAUACCACAGCAUAUCUUGAUCAAGGUCUUCAUGUAUUUAAGCUUAGUAGAUAGAACCAAAGCUUCUAUGGUCUGCCAAUACUGGAAUAGAACUUAUCACCUGCCUGACCUGUGGCAAGUGUUUGAGUUUGAAUUCAACCAGGAAUCCACAUCCUACUUUAAGUCUACCCCAAAGAAUCUCAUUUCAAACGUGCUAGGUCAGCACAUCCAAGACCUGCAGUAUGUGUCAAUUAAGGUGGACAGCAGCAAAGAGUCCGCUGAAUCCGCCUGCAAAAUCCUCAGCCGUCUCAUGAAAUGCUCGCUGAAGACAUUAAAUCUUAUGUCGUUGGCUAAGCCGAGCUUCAACUUGGUGAAAAAAGAGGACUUUGUGUCUGCAGUGAAUGUCGUGUUUGUCAACUCAAAUCACUUGUCAUCACUUGCCAUCAGUGAUACACCCGUUGAUGACCCAAGCAUUGCGUGUUUGGCCAAGGAAAACCAGAAUUCUUUAACAUUCUUAGACAUGGACAGCUGUACAAAAAUUUCACCACAAGGAAUUCUUUUUGUGGCAGAUCGUUGUCAGCAACUUCGGGAGCUGUCAAUAAAUUACUCGCAGUUGUCAGACAAACUUCUCUUGUCAUUGUGCAGUGAGGAACAUGUGAAGUUGGAAAAUCUUCGAAUUAAAAUAAGUAAUGAAUCGCAAGAAAAGAGCAAAUUUCACAAAAUAAGUAAAAAGAGCUGGGAUGCACUUUCUAAGCAUUCUCCGAAUCUGAUUCUGGUAAUGUCAUUCUACAUCAACAAAGACGUCUGCUUCGACUCGUUCUUUAACUUUGAGUGUCCAGUAACUCAUCUGUACUUUGGUCAUUCUGUUUCUCGAGAGGUGCUGAGUAGAAUCGGUGAUCACUGCCCAAACUUGUGCGAACUUGUCGUCUGCGCAAAUGGAAUGCACUUACUGGACAAGGAACUCAUCAAAAUUGGUAAACAUUGCAUCAAUAUGUCAUCUCUUGGCCUUGGUGAGUGUGAGAUAUCAUGCUCUGCAAUGGUGGAAUUCACACGCAUCUGCGGUUCCCGCCUCAAAAGCCUUUUUGUUCGUGAGGGUGUACUUCAAGAGGAUGAUGCGUACGGCUUAGAAUCCAUGUGUAAUGAAGUAUCGUGGAAUCUUGGUCGACCGUGGUCGUGUGAAGAAGCCCCAUGUUGGGAUUAGAUACUUCUCUCCCAAAUGUUUCAUAGAAUUUACAACUUUGUUUAUUGUGCUUCAUGCAUUGUAUGUAAAUAUGUGUACAUAUAAACUACUUUACAUGUAGGGCUUUUAUUAUUGUGAAAGAGUUUCUAACCGAAAAGGGCAAGUUAAUUCUACAGGGGUGAGGAAAAAACGAAACAGUUUGGUGCCAUAGGGUUGUGUUCUAAAAUGUCUGGAUAGAGAGGAGAUAUAGGCCUAUGGCUGAGCUAAGUAAUACAAAUCUGAACUCUAGAUAAGAUUAAUAAAGCUAAUAAUAAUGUCAAAGUUGUUUUCAGGUCCUAAGCAAGUAAGCCAGAAAAUCUUUUCGUGUUCAAUAAGCCUAAAAUUCCUCUCCAAACUAUGAAAUUUUAUUUUCUAUAUGGUUAUGAUAUCAUCAAAUCAUGGCCACAUACACGCACAUCAUGGCUAUAUAUGGGCAUUCAACCGUUUUUGACAAAGACAAUUUGACAGUCGGAAUGCUUAACCGACCCAAAUUCUCAUAAAUCUAGAGUAAUUUUUUAAAAUGUGUUUUAUACAAAGGAAGAGCCAACAAUACGUGUAAUUAAUAGUUUUGGUUCUGUGUGGUUAUCAUAUAACCAACCAAAAUGUAUGGGGGGAGUAACAGUUUCCUGUGAAACUUAGAAUUAAUUAAGCCUGGGCCUAUAGUAAAAAAAAUAAAAUUUCCGACCAACCAUUCGAUACGCUGGUUUUUACAAAUCUGUUGAGGCAAAAUUUGUUUACUACAAGAAUGUGAUUUAAUUUCUAUAUAGUAUAUUAUCAAUUAGUGUUGCUUUGGAUAGUGUUUGUUGUCAACUCAGCUAUAGAUAUCUACACCGGUUCUUUACUUGUGUUCUUAAAUAAAAAUAUGUUGAUUACUAGGUCCCCAGAGAGCUGAGUAUGAGUUCCCAUGGCGUUUAAUACCAUGACGGCUAUCGAUAUGCAAUAUAAAAUCAACAAAUUUUACUAGUACAGUAUUAUUAUUGUUAGUAUUGUACAAUAUCGGUAAACUGGUAAGAUUUUGUAUUCUUGAACAUAAUGGCUAUGUUCUCACACGUCUGCUAACGGUUAGCAGGAUCCGGAUCCUGCUAACCGUUAGCUGCCGUGCGUCCAUACGAGAAAAUCCUGA